AAUUCGGCCCCACAAGUCUUCUUUCUUUACAUUUCAGUCCCUUAAGAAUAAUAUUAGUAGUUUCUACUAUUACAAUCAGGUCCAUUAAGAAUAAUAUACUGUAUAAUCAAACUUUUUGAUGAACAAUGGAAGAAUUCGACUCAAUUUUGCUCUAAUUUUCUCUCGGUUGAUUUCUUUUGAAUUGUUCAACACGAUUUGCAUCAAUUUGGGGAUCAAAUUUGAUCGAAUGGACCUUCUGUGUAAAGUCUAUGGCGGAACCUCUGAUGAAGAAGACGACAAUGAUGGAAUUCACCUUCAAAGACCCAUAUUGCCACAGCCGAAACGAGCCAAAUUCGAGAAUUUUCACCAAGUUAACAACCAUUUGCCAUUCUACAAGUCUAAUCCAAAUGCGAAUCUCCCAGCGCAAGCUUCCCUUCCAGGAAGAUAUGUUUCUAAGCGAGAGCGAGCUGCCAUGACUUCAGUGGAGAAAGUUCCAGACGUCAACACAACGUUUUCCUCUAACAGUUCACCAGUUUUAGGGAGCAUUUUGGAUUCAGUUCUGCCACAUAAUAUUUUGUCAGCUUUGAGAGAUCAAACUAAAGUCUAUGGGAACAUGAUCCACACGCCAGAAGGACUCUCUGUAGUUCUUGAUGGCCACAAAAGUUCAGUUAACGCCGUACAAUGGUCUACAAGUCAUGCUCACCUUCUAGCAUCUGCCGGAAUGGAUCAAACUGUCUGUAUAUGGAAUGUGUGGAGCAGAGAUCAGAAGAAAGCUCGUGUACUUAGUUGUCACCAUGCGGCUGUCAAAGAUGUGAAGUGGUCGCCAUACGGUUUAUUUGUGCUCUCUUGUGGAUAUGACCGCACAUCAAGGUUGACUGAUGUUGAAAGAGGAAUCGAAACCCAGGUUUUCAAUGAGGAUCAAGUUGUUGGAGUGGUAAAAUUUCAUCCAGAUAAUUAUAAUCUCUUUCUCUCUGGAGGUUCGAAAGGUCACCUUAAAAUAUGGGAUAUAAGAUCUGGGAAGGUGGUCCAUCAAUAUGUGCGAAAUCUUGAUCCUAUCCUUGAUGCUGAAUUUACAGUUGACGCAAAGCGAAUAAUUUCAUCAAGUGAUACAUCCAAAAGCAAUAUUAGUGAAAAUUCAAUUAUGGUUUGGGAUGUCUCACGGGAAAUCCCUCUAUCUAACCAGGUUUAUGGUGAAGCAUAUACAUGUCCCUCGAUAAGAUGCCAUCCUUCUGCUACCAAAUUCAUAGCACAGUCAAAUGGAAACUACAUAGCAAUUUUCUCUACCAAACCUCCCUUUGGACUUGACAAGUACAGGAGAUAUGAAGGCCAUAGUGUUUCUGGGUUCCCUAUAAAAUGCAAUUUCAGCUUGGAUGGUGAGAAAGUAAUAUCUGGUUCCUCUGAUGGAUACAUUUAUGUUUACGACGCGAUAUCCUGUAAGCUCAUCAGAAAGAUUAAGUGUGUUUUUGAAGGGAAAUCUUGGAUGAAUGGUAAAGUUAUCUCCGUGGGACCUAUUGAUCACGAGUUCGAGUCAUAGAAUGAACCAUUGAUGCUUACGUUACAUCCACUUGGGGGCGCGAUCCUUCUCCGGACCCUGUAUAGCAUAAACGUGGAAUAUUUCAUAUAUCAGGCUGUCCUUUUUUUUAUAUAGUCUGGUUUUGCACAUCCAUGACCAAUUGAAAUCACUUCGUGUAUUUACUAAUGGAAGGAUAAAUACAUCCCUAAAAUGAUCACACACCUUAAACUAUUUGAGUUAUCAAGUUAAAACAUUAUAAAAACUUAAAUUACCAUGCUAGCA